AUGCAGUUCAGUGCUUGCAAAGCGGCAGUGGUAUUAUUUUUUCUGAGCCUGGUUCUUGCAAUAUGUCCAAGACCGCUUUCAGAAUGCAACUACAUCUCAAAAAUCACACCUGAGGAAGUUGUCAUGGGUAAUACCCAGAUUGAUGAAUGGGCGGAUCUUGUGGUGGAGAACGUUGAUAUGAAAUUAUACAAUAAUUUCGACAACAGGGGCUUCUUUCACAUGAAAAACAAUAUGAAUGUGACUGACUCUACUCGAGAGAUUGGAUUGAGAAGUUACGGUGAUGAUUUUUUGAACGCAAAUGAGCGUUUUGAAAACUCGGGUGAUAUGUUUUUCGGUGUUCCCCUGAUGGAUAGUCGGAAAUUAUCUCUCAAGGUCCAGUCAAAGAAGGAUUGGCUUAACACCGGUAUUAUGGUUUUUAGGAAAUUUGAAAGCGAGACAGAGCAAUCGGCAGCUCCAUUGAUUAUUGACUCGGGAUCCAUUAUUGAUAAUCACGGGUCGAUUUGUUUGCAGAAAGUUCACUUGUUUACACCCGCGACAAUCGGAGGCGAAGGCUGUAUCACCGUGGAUUCUGGUUCUGUUCUUGAUAUGAUACACCAAGCUUCAAAUAAGCAAACCAUUUUUUUAGAAACAGCUGACUCGAGAUUAAAAAUCGCGGAACCAGGAGCUCUGUCGUUUAUCCCUCAUCUUACGGUCGCAGGUUUUGGAGACGACAAUGUAAUUGAAUUUGACUUUGAGGUUUCAAGCAAUUUCGGGUAUUCUCCUGAUGCAGGUCUCUUAUCAAUUCAAAACAUGCAAAACCUGCUGACAAUACAUCUUGAAAUCGGUUUAGGAUAUGAAAGGGGGGCUAUCAAACUUACACUGAACUCAGGGAGCAGUAAAUUGACAUACUCGAAGCCUCCACCACUGAACAUCCGUCCACCUAAAUGCAAUUGUGUACCUGAUGUCUCAGGCCAUUAG